UGCAGGGCUGCUGUUGCAGGAGAUGACCAUGGCAGGGUUGCAUGAGCUGCGCUUCACUGAGGAGAAGCCACUGCUGCGGGGCCAGGACGCUGAGCUGGACAACUCGGAUGUCUUCCUCUCCACAGAGGACACAGACUGGAAGGAACAUGACAUUGAGACCCCCUAUGGGCUGCUGCACGUGGUCAUCCGGGGCUCUCCCAAGGGGAAUCGCCCAGCCAUCCUGACAUACCAUGACGUGGGCCUCAACCACAAGCUUUGCUUCAACACCUUCUUCAACUAUGAGGACAUGCAGGAGAUUACAAAGCACUUUGUGGUGUGCCAUGUGGAUGCACCGGGCCAGCAGACAGGAGCGUCGCAGUUCCCUCAGGGGUACCAGUACCCAUCCAUGGACCAGCUGGCUGCCAUGAUCCCCAGUGUGGUGCAGCACUUCGGGUUCAAGUACGUGAUCGGGAUUGGUGUUGGGGCAGGAGCCUACGUGCUGGCCAAGUUUGCGCUCAUCUUCCCUGACCUGGUCGAAGGACUGGUCCUCAUGAACAUCGACCCCAACGGCAAAGGCUGGAUUGACUGGGCAGCUGCCAAGCUCUCUGGUCUCACCAGCACACUGCCAGACACUGUCCUGUCACACCUCUUCAGCCAGGAAGAGCUGAUGAACAACACGGAGCUGGUGCAGAGCUACCGGCAGCAGAUCAGCAGCGUGGUGAACCAGUUCAACCUCCAGCUCUUCCUCAACAUGUACAACAGCCGCAGGGAUCUGGAUAUCAACCGGCCUGGGACUGUGCCCAACGCCAAGACACUGCGCUGCCCUGUGAUGCUGGUGGUCGGAGACAAUGCACCUGCUGAAGAAGGGGUGGUGGAGUGUAACUCCAAGCUGGAUCCCACCAACACCACCUUCCUGAAGAUGGCUGACUCUGGUGGGCUGCCCCAGGUCACACAGCCUGGCAAGCUGACCGAGGCCUUCAAGUACUUCCUCCAGGGCAUGGGCUACAUGCCAUCUGCCAGCAUGACCCGUCUGGCACGCUCCCGCACGGCCUCCCUCACCAGCGCCAGCUCAGUGGACGGCACCCGUCCGCGUGCCUGCACCCACUCGGAGAGCACCGAGGCUGUGGGGCAGAUCAACCACACCAUGGAGGUAUCGUGCUGAGGUCCACACCUGCCACCAGCGUCUUCUCCAGAGCCAUCUCCUGUCCAUCAGCAUACCACCAGCACCCGCCUGCCCUGUCAACAUACUCCACCAGGGCCUUUACUUC